UUAAUAGUGUUUUUGUUUGCUUUCUAUUUAUUAUUUUCAUGACAACAAUGAUAGAUACAAUUAUGUAUCUUUUUGAAGUAAAAAAAGAACUUUUAAUUGGUUUGUCGUUAUCAGUUUUGUAUGUAACCUAUUAUCUUGUGGAAGUUGUCAAGCGGCCGCGACUGGUGUGCGGCGCGGGGCAGCUGCGCCAGGCGCUGGAGGAAGUGGCGCUGCUGCGCGAGCCGUACUGGCCCACGCCGUGGUGCGUGGAGGCGCGGCUGCAGACGGUGCUGGGCUCGCUGCUGCGCUCGCGCUUCAUGCCGCGGCCGGCCUUCCGGCGCGAGGUGCUGCGCCUGUCGGACGGCGGCCAGGUGGCGCUGGACUGGGCGGACUGGAAGGGCGAGGCGCGCGCGCCGGGCCGGCCGGUGCUGCUGCUGCUGCCCGGCCUCACGGGCGGGCCGCACGCCGACUACGUGCGCUGCCUGUGCGCCGCGGCCGAGGCGCUGCACGCCGACGCCGUGGUGUUCAGCAACCGCGGGCUGGGCCUGCCGCUGACGACGCCGCGGCUGUACAGCGCCGUGAGCGACGGGGACCUGGCCGAGGUGGUGGCGCACGUGGAGCGGCGCGGCGGCGGGCCGCUGCUGGCCGUGGGCGUGUCGCUGGGCGGGCUGAUCCUGGCGCGCUACCUGGCGCGGCGCGGCGCCGAGGCGCGCGUGCAGGCGGCGCUGGCCGUGUCGGCGCCGCUGGACGUGGAGGCGGGCGCCGCCAGCAUCGAGCGGCCGCCGCUCAACGCGCUGCUGUCGUGGCACAUGGCGCGCAGCCUGCGGCGCACGGUGCGCGCGCACGGCGCGCUGGCCGCGGCCUGCGACUGGCGCGGCGUGGCGGCCUCGCGCUCCGUGCGCCAGUUCGACGCCGCCUUCACGGCGCGCCACUUCGGCUUCGCGUCCGUGGACGCCUACUACCGCGCCGCCACGCUGCGCGGCAAGCUGCACCGCGUGCGCGCGCCGCUGCUGUGCCUGUGCGCCGCCGACGACCCCUUCCAGCCGGAGCGCGUGCUGGCCGACGUGGCGCGCGAGGUGGAGGCGGGCGACGGCCGCGUGGCGCUGUGGGUGACGGCGCGCGGCGGCCACAUCGGCUUCCUGGAGGGCUGGUGGCCGGCGCGCGACGCCACGUCGCAGUACCUGGCGCGCCUCACGCACCAGUACUUCGCGGCGCUGCUGGCGCGGCCGCAGCUGCUGCACUGGCCGGCCGCCGCGCCGCCCGCGGCCUCCUAGCCCCGCGUCGCCCCCUCGUUCCCGCCGCAGCCGACGCCGUUCCGAGUCCCGUCGUCGAACGACGCGACUUCGGCUCGCGGCCGACGACGAUGGGCGACUAGGCGCGAGCGGCGGCCGCGCCCCGACCAUGGCGUCGCCUUAUGGUCUUCGGGCUGGAAAGCGUUUUAUAUUAAGUACAUUUAUCUUCGGAAUGCAUAUCUAUUUAGCAGAGGCUCGGACGAAGCGUGCGAGACUCGCCUAUUGUUGCCUUAAUAAAACAAAAAGUAUUAAUUAAGUAUACGUAGUAAUUUACGUAUAACGUGUACGAGUGCCUCUUUAUGACGUAGACUGCUUGUCUUUUGCUUGACACGUUAGUGAUUAGAAAUUGCUUUAUUGAAGUUUUACCGUAAAUUCGCCUCUACGGUUCGGGACGGGACGACACAAUAUUCAAUAUCUCAAAAUUUAUAAGUACGCGACUGGCGGUGCAUAAAAAUCAGGGUGCACUCGAAUAAUGUUUAUUUUGGGUUUUGAAUGUCUCCGCCCGGAAUACUCACCGAUGAAUUAAACAAUUUUUGAAAUUCAACACGAUACUGAAACGUUGCGCUGUACAAAGGAAAAUGUAUAUAGAAGUUUUAAAUCAUGGCCCAGAUGAAUAUUUUUUACCUGUCGUGAUCGUUAGUCUGUUAUUAAUGGUUGAGCCUACGGUCACAGCAAAAAAUUCAGGCGUUGCAAAGAAACAGAAAGACGCCUUAAGUGAAUAUUCGCUCAUGACCUCGGCCCAGAAUGCGGACCAACCUGGGGCCACGAAUUUAAAAAUACGUCGUAGUUAUUAUUCACUGUUGUCCUCCACUGGCCUAAAUUGUUCUAUGGUGACUAUUCCGAGAUUACACCCUUCUGAAAAGUAGGCGGAUGUGCUUUUGGUCGAGACAACCUAAGCUUCGAAGUGACCCACACAAAGUUCCUAGUUCCAAAAAGGUAUUAGAAAAAAAUAAUUAUUUAUAAGUCAAUACAAUGAAAGGGUACAACGUUAAUUAAGCUUAGCAUUUAAGCCAAGGUGUUCGUCGCGCUGCGCAGGGGCGCUACUAAUUAAUCAUUCUCGCUGUCCUACUAACAUCUCGCUUGUUUAAGAUUAUUCACAUUGUUACAUCCAUCGCGAAUGUAAUAAAUAUACCAGCAAAUGUAUACCUAAACAGUAAUAUGCUUGCUGCGAAAAUGAAUUUCCAAUUUUUAUUAAGUUUAAGGACACAAUCAUACGAAACUGCAGUCUGGCUGUAUCAAACACCUGUCACAUUCAUAGUAUAUCUAUGAAAAUGGGGAAAAUGGGGAGAUAUGUUAUGACGCUAUGGAAGAUCGGGUUCCGAGUUCCGACGUCGCCACUUUUUAGCUUUUUUUUUCCGUAGGAUGUAAUUGCUAUGUAUGUAAAAUUAGUAGCACAUUACAGGGCGCGUUUUACCCCUGUAGUGGUACUAGAAGAACCGCGCAGGACGCGAUCACCGUCGCGCUUGGCGGCUGUCGUCGCCCGCGCACUUUGGCGGUCGGUUCAGGGGCAAUGUGGUGCAGGCGCACUAGCGGUGCCUUUUUUAAAUUUAUUUAUGGCACAGUAACAGACAUCAGAUACAAACAAUAUAAAAAAAACUUAGAAAUUAAUACAGUAGGCAUAUCUGGGCCCAGUUUUAUCUAUGCUCAAGAUUCAAAAGUACUUAAACGGACGCUAAUUUUAUUAUUAUUAUACAAAAAAAACAAAACAAAAAGAAUACAUUAUUUACCUUACAACAAUGCAAGAAGUGACCUCUUAAAAGUAAGGA